AUGUUCAGAGUGUGUGUCGAAAGUUGUGACGCCAGCAAGAUGAAAGAUCCUGACAUCAUUUUGAAGCACAUCAUCGUUCGUGAGUGGCGCUUCAACCAGAAAAAACCCGAAGAAACCAUCACUGAAACAUGGCUUAAUGAUAGUACAGAGGAUUUGAUUUGUAUGAACGGUUUCAAAUUCAUCGGAAAAAAUCGAUUGAGCAAACACGGUGGAGGAGUAGGAUUCUACGUAAGCAAUAACUUGACCUUCAAGACAAGAGAUGAUUUAAACAAGUUGGGAGGUCUAGAUUUUGAAACUUUCGCAAUUGAAUUAAAGACUGACCCUUCAACCAAAAAUUUCGUCAUUGUUGUAUUAUACAGACCACCCAGUUGCAACGCGAUCUAUUACCUGCAGCAAUUAGAAAUUAUAUUGCAACAAAUAGACGUUGAAAACAAGCAUGUUGUUAUCACAGCUCAAAUUUUGAGUUAUCUGGUUAAUUUUUCUUUUGCGACAGGCAUAUUUCCUCAAUGUUUCAAAGUGGCAAAAGUAAUUCCAAUAGCAAAGCAGACAGGAAAAAUGGCGAAAGAUUUUGAUGUUAUCAACAAAGUUCGAUUUUACGUUCCAAGAAGAACGUUAAAUAUGCUCUAUAACGCCAUAUGCGUACCGUACAUCUCUUACUGCAACGUAGUCUGGGCUGGUACCUAUCGCACGAUCACCGAUCCGAUCCGAUUAAUAAUGAAGAGGGCAGUGAAUGCCUACUUCACGGCUAAUUUUGUCUACAAACAGCUGACAAACAAGUUACCAUCAAUAUUCAAUCAUUACUACACUUGCAGCAACAACAAGAGACAAAAUUACAUUAGAUCAAAUUCAUCAAAAACAAACAUUCUCUUCUUCCACGUAUAUUGCAAAGGACCAAGAAUUUGGAAUUUGCUAUUAAAGAACAACUUUAAAAUUGACUCAAUGGUGGCUGUGCAAGAUGAGCUCGAGCUCGAUCACGAGCUCGAUCAUAGUCAUCCUGCCUUCUUGAUUGUCAUUUUGGGAAGCAAAUAA